AUGCCGUGGGUGAUGCAGCAAACGCCGCAGAUAUGUUCCUCUGGUGACUCCAUAUAUCUCUCCCCAGCACGAAGUGAUGAGACUGUGCGACUCCCAGCGCCCCCAACGGUAUUUCAUUUUCUAUGCUCAGAGGAGGAGAAACUGGGUCCCAUAGAAAGCGGAGCGCUCAGGCUCCCAUGCGGUGCAGAGGCACUGAAGGGAGCGGCGGUGAUAUGCAUCUGCUCCGUCAUGAAGGUCUGUCUGGUAAAGACCUCAGUGUUGGUGAAGUCGAUCCAGUUAACACCCGAGGAACAGCAGCAGCGGGCAAACAAAAGUUCUCAGGUGUACACAGUAACAAAGAGCUACAGGCGGGCAGGGUAUCCGCUGGCUGCUGAGCGCACAGCACCACCGCACGCAUCCCCUGCGCAGCUCCAAGCUUCGCUCCAAGGUUUUCUCCGCGACGGAGUUGGGUGGUUUGCGGAGUCUUUUGAAGAACUGAAGAAAAUUCAAGAAGAAGACGGCCAAGGAAGCUCAGCAAGAGGCUCUCGAGCAGGCAUCGAUGGCCAUAGGCAAGUGCUUUACUAG